GGCGGCGGCGGCGGCACCGAGGCUCCGAGGCUCCUGCGCUCCCCUCGCCGCUCGCCCGGCAGCCAGGAGAAGAAGCUGAAGCCUGGAGUCUGAGUCAUUCCCCCAAGGUUACCAAGUUGAUAGAGGGACAAGAACGGAGCCACCAGCACUGGCCGAAGGUUUGCUGGCAUGGGUAAUCUCAUUAAGGUGCUAACCAGGGACAUAGACCACAAUGCAGCACAUUUUUUCUUGGACUUUGAAAGUAAGUCUCUUUAGCUCUUCACAGCUGGUGCAUAAUGGUAAAGGUGAAAGACUUAUACUCACACCGCAGUGAAGGCCAGCCAAAAUAUUUGUUAAUUGAAUUUGGAAUCCAAGUUUGCAUGACUUUUUUCUUAAUCGUAGGCAAACAUCACCAUCGUAUGUAUAACUCCUCAGUCGUUCAUUUGCUAAAAUCAUGUUGAGUCUGUAGCCGGUGCUGUCCUUCAUUAGUCCAUGAAGCACGCAGCCUUAUGAUGAAUAUUCUAGCAGUAUGCCGUGGUGACUAUGCUCCGAGUCCUGCGAUGGCUUUAUCAAAAUCACAAGUGUGCUGCGGAUCCAGACCAGUGCUUAAAUAACCUCCAAACAUUCACGGUCCAGAUUUGCUUAAAAACAUACGCAUGCAGGAAGUACCUUAACAUGGGGAAUCUUCUUAAAGUUUUGACAUGCACAGACCUUGAGCAGGGGCCAAAUUUUUUCCUUGAUUUUGAAAAUGCCCAGCCUACAGAGUCUGAGAAGGAGAUUUAUAAUCAGGUGAAUGUAGUAUUAAAAGAUGCAGAAGGCAUCUUGGAGGACUUGCAGUCAUAUAGAGGAGCCGGCCAUGAAAUACGGGAGGCCAUCCAGCAUCCAGCGGAUGAGAAGUUACAAGAAAAGGCAUGGGGUGCUGUUGUCCCACUUGUAGGCAAAUUAAAGAAAUUUUAUGAAUUUUCUCAGAGGUUAGAAGCAGCGUUGAGAGGGCUUCUGGGAGCCUUGACAAGCACUCCGUACUCCCCCACCCAGCACCUCGAGCGGGAGCAGGCUCUCGCCAAGCAGUUCGCCGAGAUCCUUCACUUCACACUCCGCUUCGACGAGCUCAAGAUGACAAAUCCUGCCAUACAGAAUGAUUUCAGCUACUACAGAAGAACAUUGAGCCGCAUGAGGAUUAAUAAUGUCCCGGCAGAAGGAGAAAAUGAAGUAAAUAAUGAACUGGCAAAUCGAAUGUCUUUGUUUUAUGCCGAGGCAACCCCGAUGCUGAAAACCUUAAGUGAUGCCACAACAAAAUUUGUAUCAGAGAAUAAAAAUUUACCGAUAGAAAACACCACAGAUUGCCUAAGCACCAUGGCCAGCGUGUGCAGAGUCAUGCUAGAAACACCGGAAUACAGGAGCAGGUUUACAAACGAAGAGACGGUGUCGUUCUGCUUGAGGGUAAUGGUGGGCGUCAUCAUACUCUAUGACCAUGUACAUCCCGUGGGAGCAUUUGCCAAAACCUCAAAAAUCGAUAUGAAAGGUUGUAUCAAAGUUCUUAAGGACCAACCUCCUAAUAGUGUAGAAGGUCUUCUCAAUGCUCUCAGGUACACAACAAAACAUUUGAAUGAUGAGACUACCUCCAAGCAGAUUAAGUCCAUGCUGCAAUGACACCUGGCGCGGCCACCUGCGCUGCGGAGACAGUCUGCAGGCUGAGGACCAGCUCCAGUGACCGCGUCACUUCUCAUCUACUCGCUUGUUUUCUCCCUCUGUUCCUCUGCCCUUUUUUAAUCAUGUUCUUGUUCUUAAGACUUCUUUUCUGUGCCAAAAUCAGUCAAGUUAUCUUCUGAAGGGACAUUGUCCUUUCAACGGGCCGUCUAAGGCAGCUAAUUAUGCAUUGCAUUGGGGUCUCGACAGAAAUUCUGUGACUUGAACUAAAUAUUUUUAAAUGUGGAUUUUUUUUGAAAACUAAUAUUUAAUAUUGCUUCUCCUGCAUGGCAAAACUGCCUAUUCUGCUAUUUAAAAACCCUCGAUGACUUUAUUUUCUACUGCCGCUUUUUCACGUGCAGCCAAUGGAAAUGUUAAAUUAAUUGUGUUGUACAGAUGGUACCCAACACACACUUUUUUUAAAUUAGUAAGACUUUUGUUCAAAGUUUUAAGUUUGCAUUUUGACUUUUUUGUAAGGAUGUAUGUUGUGUGUUUAACCUUUAUUAACUAACGUUAAAAACUGUGAUGUGUGCGUAGAGUAUUACGUAUGCAUGUUCCUGUUUAAAGAAUGGCUGUUGAUGAUACAAUAAAAAUCAGCUUUCAUUUUUCUAAGUGUGGCUUGGUUCACUGAGGUUUGGUUCGGGCUUCUACAGCUCUCCCGGUGUAUAUUUUUAUGAAAUGCAUAUACACUUUACCGGAUUUCCCUUUUAGGAUGAAGCUGGGUCUUUUCAACAGUGUUUUCCUCUAUUACUGUGAACGUGUACCCAGUUUCAGUUGCUUUUAAAAUCUUGCCAAGUGCAGUGAGACCGGUGGUCUUGUCGUUCACUUGACUUUCAUCCUUGUUCACCUCAUGGGGACGUAGUCACCGAGGGACAGGUCCGCUCCUGGUCUGUGUUCCCCAGAGGGAGAAGGAAGCGGUGUGGAAGGAAGAACAGCCCUUCGUGCUGGGAGGAGGGUGAGGAGAAGGGGGACGUCCCGGGAAGCCGAAGGCCGUGAUCUCAAGUGGAAAACACCUUCAUAUUUGACACCUGAAUGCAUGCAGGGCUGUCUAGUCCACGCACGGUGGAGGUUCAGUGGGAAGAGAACCCGCGCUGACGCCGUGAGGAGGCUUACCUGUGGAAGGGGGGCCCCAAGGCUCCACG